AUGGCCGAAGAAAAAGUUAAGAAAAGGAAGAACUCGGAGAAUGGGGAGAUUCAGAUCAAAAAGAAGAAGUUAGAAGGGAAGCCCAAGCUAAAUAUAGUGGAGAAGAUCAGAGCAGCGACAGGAACUCCUGUGGCCGUUAAUGGAGAUGAUUCCAAGAAAAAGAAGAGACCUUGGAGACAAGCGAACAGAAGAAAAGCAAAAAGACAAAGAAAAAUUGAUGAAGGAAUAAUUACAGCCGGUAGGUUAACACUUUUGUUGUUUUUUUUGGCUUUUAGAGCAGUAUCUAAAGGAGUUCAUAAGUUAAGUUAUGCAUGACGUUAUCCUUCAGAUGCCCCAAUAAUCUCGACGCCAAGGCCUGAAGGCGAAAAGAAGAAACGAAAGAAGAAGAAAAAGACGACAGAAGAGGAAUCAGAGGGCGCUGAAGUUGCUCCGCAGCAAAAACCGGGGCCAGCGGAGAAGAAAUCAAAGAAAAAACCGACAGAAGCGACAUCAGAGAAUCUGCAAGAGAAAUUAGCAGCUUCUCAGUUCAGAUUCCUCAAUGAGCAGUUGUAUACGAAACCUUCGAAGGAUGCUGUCGAGAUAUUCAAAGCUGAUCGGGCGAGUUUCCAAGCUUAUCACAAGGGAUAUGCGGCGCAAGUCAAGAAAUGGCCGAUGAACCCCUUGGAUAACAUCAUCUUGGAUCUGCAGGUGGGUAUUUUAUUUAUUCUGUGUGGAAAAAGAAUGAUAAGCUUACAGGGGAGGUACCCCAAGUUUGACGCUGGGGUUUGGAUGAAAAAUUUUUACUUACAGGAACUACCAAAAGGUACCAAAGUCGCAGACAUGGGAUGCGGGGAAGCUUUGAUCCAUCAGAAGCUAGGAUCUCAUCUGGAUGUUCAGUCUUUUGAUUUGGUUGCUGCCAAUGACAAUGUGACUGAAUGUGAUAUCACAAAAACACCAUUAAAAGAUGGCUCGAUGGAUGUCGUUGUAUAUUGCCUAAGUUUAAUGGGAACUAAUCUUGGCGAUUUCAUCAGAGAAGCAAACAGAGUCCUGAAAAUUGGGUAACUUUGUUAUUCAUGAUGAUUUUUGGCAAUUUUGAAGUAAAAACGUAGAAUAAUCGGUAAUUUUAGAGGGAAACUGAAGAUUGCCGAGGUUUUGAGCAGAUUCCGACAUGUCAAGAACUUUAUCAAAGCAGUGGAACAAAUGGGAUUUGAGUUGAAAAAGAAGGUAACAAGAGAUAUGGUUAAUAUUAAUAUUUAAUUUUCUUUUUGUAAUCUAAGGUUAAUUUUAUAAUUUUAGAGAGACCUCAAAGACUUUUUCGUUCUCUUAACGUUCAAUAAGACCGGAAAAGUGAAGCAAAAACGACCAACCGGCCUGAUUUUGGAGCCUUGUUUAUACAAAAAGCGAUGA